AUGUUCCAAGUCCUAACCACGAUGCUUCAAGUCGGGGGAGACUCGGGGAGAGGAGAUCGAGAAGUUAACAAAGAGUAUGACAAGGAUGAGGGAUCGAGAUGGCAGAUCGCGAAGUGCCCGAAAUUCAUCAUGGCAGUGCAGCCCAUAAUUGUGCCUCGAGAGAAUGCAGCGCUAAAUAACCAGCAGCCGGAUGCGUACAAUAACCCACAAACCGAGGCAUUCACGGCGAUGCUCAUGCUCGAGAUCGAGAACAAGAUCAAUCCUCAGUGA